AUGAACAGGUUUAAAGUUUCUAAAUCUGCUUUGGGUUUGUUGGCUUUAAAGGUGGAUAUGGAACAAGCAUAUGAUAAGAUUAGUUGGAGAACCUUGGAACUUGUUCUUAGUCGUAUGGGUUUCAUCGAUAGGUUCAGCUCCUGGGUGCUUAGUUGUGUGUCAAAUCCUAAGUUUACUAUCAUCGUAAAUGGUCAGCUAAUAGAGGAGAUUACUGCAGAUUGUGGUUUUCGUCAGGGAUGCCCGUUGUCUCCCUAUCUGUUCAUCCUUUGUGCUACUAUUCCUAAUGUGAGGAAGGUUACUGACAUUCUGGAGAAUUACUGCUCUUGGUCUGGCCAAAGGGUCAACAGGAAUAUGUCUGCCAUUCUUUUUAUCAAAUUGACCUCUUCUUCUACAAGAUGCAGACUUGCAAAGAUGACUGGAUGUAAGAAGGUUGAAGAGAUGGAAUACCUUGGGAUUAAAAUUUCUUUGAGGAGACUGGUAAAGAAGGACUUUGGAUCUUUGUUACAGAAUGCUCGGGCCAAGACUUGUUCAUGGGGGAUCAGGCAUCUUUCCUUUGCUGGCAGAAUAACGCUGAUAAAUUCUGUGUUGCUCCCUGCAUCUGUCUAUUUAGUGACACAUUCUCUUGUUCCUAAAUCUGUUUUAAAGGAUGUUGAGAAGGUUUGCAAAAGUUUUCUUUGGGAUAUUGACUCCAAUCAUAGGAGUUUGCAUUAUGUGGCAUGGAAAAGUAUUGCUAGACCAAGGAGGAAAGGUGGACUUGGUUUCCAUUCAAGUGCUGAUUGGAUUGGGCCGUUGAGGGCCAGAAUUGCUUUGAAUUAUGUUAGUAAACCACAAAGUCUGUUUCAUAGCUGUAUGAAACAGAAAUAUGGGAAGUCUCCUUGGAACUUUCAGUUCAAACGUACUGACUCUUCGGUUUGGAAGAUUAUAUGUGAUGUUGUAGAAAAUUUGGUAAAUUGUACUCGAUGGAAGGUCUGUGACGACCUAAACAUUGAUGUGGUUAACCAUGUAUGGAUUUGGGAUAGAACCAUAUCAGUUUGGCCCACCUUUUGUGAUAUUUCUGUAAUAGAGGAUCUUUUUGUAGCAGAUUUUAUAAAUCUGGAAGGAUUUUGGGAUAUGCUGAAGCUUUUAUUUUGCUUUGGGGAACCGUUGCCUGAAAGGAUCAGUGAAAUCAAGAUAUGGAAUGAUCUGGAUUCUGAUUCCUUAGAACUUAUUAAAAUCCCUCUUGGAACUUUUGUCUCAGCCAUCGCUUAUAACAGCAGAUUUCAGAUGGAUGAUGACCCUUGCUAUGCAAUUUUUAAAUAUGGACUGAGGCCGAGAGAAGCUAUCUUUUUGUGGAGAAUUUUCAAAAAUGCGGUUCCAACGAACUGUUGGCUAUUUGAUAUAGGCUUUGAGGUAAAUACUAAUUGUUCUAUUGGGUGUGGUUUGAUGGAAGACUUGAAUCACAUUACUACACAAUGUGAACAGUUGCUAAACAUUUUACAUGUUCUGGAUGGGUGGGGGUUUUAUACUCCUCGGUUUGCUUGUUGUAAUGACCUGCUAUUGGAAUUGAUGGGUAAGCAUAAUGAAAUGAAUAUUGGCUUGGUGUUAUACUGCCGUGAUGUUUGUCAAAGCUGGGUAAAUAGAAAUGCAACCAAGCAUGGCAAGGAUAUUUGCACUCCUGUUUUUAUAGCAGCUAGCUUAGUUGAGGCUCUUAAUCAAGGUUUUCACUCUUUCCGCUUCGAGCAACGGGGCGCCCUUCAAUCCAAUGGGGGAAUUGGAAUAGUUAUUCGGGAUAGCCAUGGUAAACUGAUAAUUGCUGCUGGUUGGAGUCUCUGUCAUUGGGAUAGUACGCAUGUUGAGAUGAUGGCCAAAUAUAAGCUCCUAAUGGAUUGGAUGUAUGAGCUAAAUGGGAUCAUUAUAGAGGGUGAUAAUGCAAGUGUAAUUGAUUAUAUGCAGAAAUUUAAGCACAAGGAGUUAUGGAAGCAGCAAUCAGGAAAUUGGGAGAAGUGGAGCAGGUUGAGGUUGUUCCAACAGGUGAUCUUUGUUCAUACUUAUAGGAGGUUCAACAAGGCGGCCCACUUUUGUGCUCAGAGAGCCUUAGAGGAUACUUUUGUUUGGGAUAUAGGAGAUAGAGUAAAUUGUAAUAUUCCUUAA